AUGCUGAGCCCAAUGCUGAACCUGCUGAUGCUGGCAUCGCCCCUCCUGUCUGGCGUGGUCCACACAGUCCCUGCCACUGGCCUGACCCUGAAGCGAGCAGGCAUUGUAGGGGGCCAGGAGGCCCCUGGCGGUAAGUGGCCCUGGCAGGUGAGCCUGAGGCACUUCAACUUCAACUUCUGGGAGCACUUCUGUGGAGGAUCGCUCAUCCACCCGCAGCGGGUGCUAACUGCGGCUCACUGUGUAGGACCGGAUAACAUGAGCCCUGAAUCACUGCGGGUGCAGCUUCGCAAGCAGCACCUCUAUUACCAAGACCACCUGUUGCUCGUUAGCCGGAUCAUCACACACCCUGACUACUAUGACGCCCAGAAUGGUGCAGACAUCGCCCUGUUGGAGCUGGAGGACCCUGUGAACACCUCCAGCCACAUCCACCCCGUCUCCCUUCCUCCUGCCUCUGAGACCUUCCCCUCAGGGAUGUCGUGCUGGGUGACAGGCGGGGGCAAUGUGCACAGUGGCUUGCCGCUCCCACUACCAUAUCCCCUAAAACAAGUGAAGGUCCCCAUUGUGGAAAAUCAUGUUUGUGAUGCCAAGUACCACAUGGGCCUCUCCAUGGGGGAUCACAUUCUCAUUGUUCGAGAGGACAUGCUUUGUGCUGGGAACAGCCAAAGAGACUCCUGCCAGGGUGAUUCUGGAGGGCCCCUGGUCUGCAAAGUGAGGGGCACCUGGAUGCAGGCAGGUGUGGUCAGCUGGGGUGAUGGCUGUGCUCAGGCCAACCGACCUGGCAUCUAUACCCGCGUGACCCACUACCUGGACUGGAUCCACUGCUACAACCCUGAGCUGGGUUGUCAGAGCUGCCUCUGCAUCAGGGGAGAAGCAGCCCCUUUUGUCCCCAGCAUGCUGCCUCCUGCCCAGAUAGAAGGCCCCUAGGCUUCCCUGUCCUGCCUUUAGCCCCCUCCCCUAUU